AUGGUGAAAUGGUUCAACUAUAUCUUGGAGGCAUCCGAUAAAAUUGAGAUGUUUGAAGUGGUGGAAGGGCAGACCCAUGUUGGCUUCUUGUAUGCCUUCAAACCUCCCAACCCAUCAAUUGAAGUCAUUGAACAAGGGCUCCGCCGGCUUCUUGCUGAGUACAGAGAGUUUGUCGGCCGCCUCAUAUUCGACGACAAUGGCCACCAGUGCAUCCUUCUCAAUGACAAGGACAUUCGCUUCGUCAAAGUUACCUCUAGCUUCUCUCUCAGUAGCUUGAUGGACAAGCCAUCUCCGUACUACCCUGACUUGCACCCACAUAUCACGGGCAUAGAGGAGGCGUUGUUUCAGGCGCAGCUCACCAGGUUUGCUUGUGGUUCCUUGGUUGUGGGCUGCACCUUCCACCAUGCAGUCUUGGAUGCGCUGUGUCUCAGCCAUUUCCUCAUAGCAUGGGGCCAAACUGUGCGUGAUGGCAUCCCUGUUCUUCCACGGCUGCAUGACCGCUCCAUCUUCAUCCCUCGCAACCCUCCUCGCUUUCAGUUUGAACAUAGCGAGAUUGAGUAUACCGCCCAUCACCAAACGGCCACACACCCAGAGUUACAACACACUAUUGUGAUGGAAAGGGCACACUUCUGUUCUGAAUUUUUAGCUAAACUCAAGUUCAAGGCCUCUCGUGACAAUCUUUGUGAUAAGCCUUACACUACGUUUGAGUGCCUUACUUUCCCACCUAUGGAGAAAGAUCACCCAUGUGAGGAAUCUAUAAGGGGAGCUGACUACAACAGUAAGGAUUGCAGUGAACGGUCGAUUUAG